AUGUCUGAAAUACAAGAUGAUGAGCAAGCUUAUCUGAAGAGAUGGUACAAGUUUGCUAAAAUUCACAAAUCGAUUCAACCUCCUAGGAAGGAUAUUCAUCUUGAAUCUCUUUGUUACAGAAUCAAAAUUAGAGAUGUCUCUAACAUUUCACCUAAGAAGGAUGUAUAGUAAUCAAUAAGAAUGCUGUUAAAUUUUACAAUUAUUUAUCAUUUAUAGAACUAUAAUAAGAUAGACAAGUAAGUGCAAUCAAUUUGGCUAUGGAUUUUUAAAAUAAACUUAAAAUUGAUAAAUAGAAAGAGCAAGAAUAUUAGAAGAUGGUUGAAACCAUUAAGAAGUAACAUGAAGAGGAAAUUCAGAAGAUAUUAGAAUAAUAUGAAGAUUUGAAGAAGAUGAUGACAGAUACAGUUGAUGAUGUAAAAGAUUGUCCCACAAUAUUGACUGUUCACCAUAUCAAUCAAACUCAGUAAUAAUAUUUAACAAAUGCGUAACCAACAUCAGCAUCAUUGUUAGGAUAGUAGUAAGUUUUGUAAGAUUAAAAGGAAUUAGAAAAAUGGAGAAUUAUAGAAUCCAUGACAUCGGUUCCUAGGAAAACAUUCUACCAAACUUAAUAACAGGACUUAAUGGUUGAAGCCUAAUUUGGAGGCUAAGCAUUAUCUAGAGGAGACAUAGCAUUUCUCAGUUAGAAUGGAGUAAGAGAAUUGUUUAUUCAACAUACAGAUUACGUUGAAAAUGAUCAAAUUAAUAAAAUAUGGAACCAUAAGGCUUCCUUUAAGGUAACUAUUAAGGUAAGGACAAUAUGCAUCAGUUGCUAUGAGAAAAGCAGAGAUCAUUAAUAAAGAGUUUAAGAAGAUCAAAGGAGAAUUGCAAGUCUUAAUUAAAUGUGUUGGAAAAGAGGAUAGAGUGACUGAAGUUUUUGAUAAUAAUAGUCAGAUGAAAAGAAAUUUAGCCUUUGCAUAUUUUAGAGGAGGAAGACAAGGACUUAAUUAAGUAGGAUCAUAAUGAAUUGAUUAAUGAGCGAAUCAAAGAAUAAGAAGAUAAGAAGUUCCCAAUGGUAUAAAUAACAAUAGUACUAAACCAUUUAUGGAAAUAACCAAAGAGGAACAAUUUGUCUAAGAAUGCAUUUGUUCAUUCUGUAUUUUAAAGUCACUUAAGUGAUGAAAAGGUGAUACAUCCUUAUUUUUGGAAGGUUGAAAUUAUUGAACUUGAAUCAGAAAUUCAUAUGCGACUGGAUAAAACUUUAUAAUCUGCAUAGAUGAUUAAGAAGUCAAAUGUUCAGGUAUAUAGUAACUUAGUUUAAAUCAUCAACCUGUUGAAUGGGAAUAUUAUGUGGAUUUGUACAAUCAUUCAAAAUCAUAGGAAUUCAAUAUGAUAUAAGCCAAUCAAAAUAACUUUACUAUGUUUUUAACAACUAUGGAAAAAGUCAUACUCUUGUUUAAAAAUUAGACUUUUAGAGAAGUUAAUCAAGAAUAUACAGAAUUACAAAAGACUGAGGAACUAUAUACUAUUAAAGGCAAAUAGUUUCUCACAUAAUACAGUUAUCCAAGAUAAGUAGCUGUGUUUAUCAAUACAAUCGAAGGAUAAUGUGUUGGGGGAAUGAGAAUCAAAAUAUUUCUUCAUUAUAACUCAACAGACCAUGUUAUAGAUUCUACGAACGAGACAAUCAAUAAGUAUCUAUCCAAUUCCCAGCUCUUUAUGGAUAUACAAUACUGCACCAGAUAAGAGGCCUAUAUAAUUUUGUAAUAAUGAAGAAUUAAUAGCUAAUUGGUAAAUUAAGCUAGCAAGUUUAGCUGGGUAUAAUUAUUAAUUAUCCAUAUUAGUAAUGGAAUUGAAGUACCUCUUGGUUAAGUUUAAAAUAUAAAGUUAGCAGUUCAUGUAGAGAUAUCAAGACAAGUAAAAUUUUACUCAUCUCAUCCUAUUUGUGUUUGGUUUCCAUAACCAUACGAUCAAUUAGUCAAUUUAAUACCAGGAAAAUCAAUAUAGCUAAUUUAUGUGUGA